AUGGUCGCGUAUUUCUUCGGAAAGGAGAUCCGCGAUUCGGGAACCGGUCUUAUCGCCGCGAUCUUCCUGGCCAUCUGCCCGGGUUAUAUUUCGCGAUCCGUCGCAGGAUCGUACGAUUACGAGUGCAUCGCCAUUUUCGCGAUGAUCCUCACGUUCUUCCUCUUCGUGAAGGCCGUUAACACCGGCUCUCUCGCCUGGGCUGCCGGCGCCGCGCUCACUUAUUUCUACAUGGCAGCAUCAUGGGGAGGCUACAUCUUUAUCAUCAAUCUGAUUCCGAUCUACGUGGUGGUGCUGCUGAUCACGGGGCGCUACACCCCGCGGCUUUAUAUCGCGUACAACGCGUUUUACAUCAUCGGAAUGCUGCUGGCGAUGCAGAUCCGGUUCAUCGGCUUCCAGCACGUGCAGUCCAGCGAGCACAUGGCGGCCCUCGGCACCUUCUGCCUCAUCCAGGUGUUUUUCUUCGUGGACUGGGUGAAGCACCAGCUCGCGGAUCCGAAGCUCUUCCGCACCUUCCUGCGCGUCGUCGUCUUCUCCUUCGGUGGCGUCGGCUCUCUCGCCUUCGCCGUCGGCAUGGCCACCGGUUACAUCUCGCCGUGGACGGGGCGGUUCUACUCGCUGCUGGACCCCACGUACGCCAAGGACCACAUCCCCAUCAUCGCGUCCGUGUCGGAGCACCAGCCCACGGCCUGGUCCUCCUUCUUCUUCGACUUCCACAUCCUCCUCAUCCUCUUCCCCGCUGGGCUCUACUUCUGCUUCAAGCGUCUCAACGAUGCGUCCAUGUUCGUGAUCAUCUACGGGCUCACAGCCAUGUACUUCGCGGGCGUCAUGGUGCGCCUCAUCCUCGUCGCCACGCCCGCCCUCUGCCUCCUCGGCGCCGUCGCCGUCAGCGCCUCCCUCUCCCGCCUCUCCGCCAUCGCCCGUGAGAAGACUCCGGAACCUGCUGCUGCUGCUGCACCCAGCUCUGCGAAGCUGUCUGGGAAGGCGAGGGACAAGCUGAAGGGUGCGCAGGACAGCUCGCUGCCGUACCAGAAGGAGGGCGCGGUGGUGCUGAUUGCGGGGAUAUUCUUCUGCCUGAUCAACUUCGCGCGGCACUGCACGUGGGUGACGUCGGAGGCGUACUCGUCGCCGUCCAUUGUGCUCAUGGCCCGCCAGCACAACGGCGACCGCGUCAUCUUUGAUGACUUCCGUGAGGCCUACUUCUGGCUCAAACACAACACCAAGCCCGAUGCCAAGGUGAUGUCGUGGUGGGACUACGGGUAUCAGAUCACAGCAAUGGCGAACCGCACAGUCAUCGUGGACAACAACACGUGGAACAACACUCACAUUGCCACUGUGGGGCGCGCCAUGGCCUCGUACGAGGAGCAGGCGUACGGCAUCAUGCAGCAGCUGGACGUUGAUUACGUGCUCGUGGUGUUUGGAGGAGUCACGGGCUACUCGUCCGAUGAUAUCAACAAGUUCCUGUGGAUGGUGCGCAUUGGAGGGGGGGUGUUUCCGGACAUAAAGGAGCCGGACUAUCUCAACAAUGGGGACUAUCGCACCGACGCGAAUGGCUCGCCCAAGAUGCUCAACUGCCUCAUGUACAAAAUGUGCUACUACCGCUUUGGCGAGCUGCAAACGGAAUAUGGCAAGCCAACCGGGUGGGACCGGGCACGCGGGUACGAGAUAGGCAACAAGGACAUCGAGCUGGAGUACAUUGAAGAGGCGUUCACCUCGGCCAAUUGGAUCGUGCGCAUCUACCGCGUCAAACAGCCCGACAACCGCUGGUAG